UUCUUCUUAAGAACCCUCCUACCCAUUUGUAUGUUCAGCUAAUGCAGUUGGAAGAAAUGAAGAAGGGAGGGAGAAAACAAGGUGAAUUGCCGUCGCCAUGCGCGGCAUGCAAGCUUCUUCGACGGAGAUGCACCGCACAGAGCUGUGUGUUUGCUCCUUAUUUUCCAGCAGAUGAACCCCAAAAGUUUGCCAAUGUCCACAAGGUUUUUGGGGCUAGCAAUGUCAACAAAAUGUUGCAGGAAUUACCAGAGCACCAACGAGGCGAUGCGGUUAGGUCAAUGGUAUAUGAAGCCAAUGCAAGGGUGAGGAACCCAGUGUACGGAUGUGUGGGAGCGAUAUCAUCUCUGCAGCAACAGGUUGAUGUGUUACAUACCCAAUUGGCACUUGCACAAGCAGAGGUUGUGCAUUUGAGAAUGCACCAAGUCUCAUCUUCUCGUGAUGAUGAUCAGUACAAACAUGUUGUUCAUGCAACCUCAAAUUCAUCAUCAGAAAACUUAUCAUCCCCAUCGAGAAGGCUCAUCAUGUCUUCACAGAGCAAGUCCCCUUUUUCCAUUGACAUGGAUAUUGAUCAAGUAGAAAUAGGGGAGUCCUUGUGGUCAUGCUAGCUUAAUUAGCUUCUAAUAUUGGAGUGCAUAAAUGGGAAUGCAUGCUUGCUUGCCUUCACUUUAUUUAUUUUCUUAUAAGUGUGUGAAUACGUUACUUUAUUGUUCCUCUCUAGAACCUUUUUUUUAUGAUCCUAGUUUUUUCUUUCUCAUUUUUCUUGUGAACUUAAACGACAUGCAUAUUAUGAUUAGUUAAUGUAAAUGUAUGCGACUUGUAAUUAUA